AUGAGUCCAACCAUACUCACAUUCGAGCCAGAGUUUCAACCAGGGGAAGAAAUUCGGAAUGUUGGUGCCAUCCAAGAAAAUGACAUUGAGGGUAGACUUGGAAACAACAAUUGGUGUUCAUGCAGCGGAGGAUGCCAAGCAAUGCCUCGAGUGGUCGAGUCUUACUGCUGCAAAGAAGUGGCUCAGGUAGUGGCGAUGAUGGAGCGGUACACUGCUGCAGAACUGAACUGCAUCACAGAGCACCCUGGAUUUGAAGGGGUUUGUCUAAAUCCGUGGGUUUUAGACACUGCAUACUUGGGGUAUCGGCAGCAAUAUGGUGACAGGGCACGGCAUGAUGCAACUGAGAAUGAGAAACGCAGGCACGUUGGCUAUCGGCAGCUCGCAAGAUGGUGUUGGGGAUUUCUAGGCAGAUCUGUGCGCGUCCCCCUACCUUCCUGUGCGGUGACUCACAUCCGAGCUACUUAUCCAUCGGAUAUUUACAGAGGUUUUGAAGAAGCGUAGACCUUCUUUAUGUUGAUUUCAAUGAAGGCACCUCUGAAUCAACAGAUGGCUGAUUCCAUUGCAAUGACUGGAUGUACUUAAAGUCUUAAACAUUUUAUCGAGUGCCAUUAUUAUUUUGUGAUCUCUCAACUAGAAGUACAUGUAAUUUUAAAGAAAUUUUUUGCCAAGUAUACCUGGUAUGUAGAAAAAUUUCUUUUUGUCACAUUUUUUUACUGAUAAAAAGUCAUAAUGAUUCUGUUUUUAUCACUGCUAAAGACAAGCACUCAGAGCUGUUGUAUUAUUGUAUGUUUUGAUUAAAUAACAGGAAAGUACUGAGUGUAUUUAUUUCUGUUUUCUUUAA